AACCCACAGAUUUUACCCCAAAUCUCACAUAAAAACUCUCUUUUUUACCCCAUUUCCAACCCCACUUUCUCCCCCGACCCCAAUUUCUGUGUUUUUUACCCCAAAAAAAGCCUGCGGGCGUCUCGUGUGCUGCUGGUCGGGCUCCGUGGGCUCGGGGCCGAGGUGGCCAAGAACCUGAUCCUGGCUGGGGUCAAAGGGCUCACAAUGAUGGAUCAUCAGCAGGUGUCUCCUGAGGACACACGGGCACAAUUCCUGGUUCCUGCUGGUUCUGUGGGUCGUAAUAGGGCCGAGGCGUCGCUGGAACGGGCCCAGAACCUCAACCCUAUGGUGGAUGUCAAGGCCGACCCCGAAAACGUCGAGAGCAAACCCGAAGCUUUCUUCACCCAAUUCGAUGCUGUGUGUGUGACCGGCUGCUCGCGGGACGCCAUGAUGAGAAUCGACCACAUCUGCCACCAAAACGGGAUCAAGUUCUUUGCGGGCGACGUCUUUGGUUAUCACGGUUACACCUUCGCGGACCUGGGGGAGCACGACUUCGUCGAGGAGAAAACCAAAGUGACCAAAGCCAACAACCCUACAGUAGACGAUGGACCCGGAGCCAAGAGGGCGAAGGUGGAUCCCAAUGAGACCACAAUGGUGAAAAAGCGCAUCCAUUUCUGCCCAUUGAAGGACGCUCUCAACCUGGAUUGGAACAACGAGCAGAUCCAGGCAGCAAUGAAACGAACCAGCCCCGACUUCUUCCUGCUACAAGGUCAGACCAACACCCAACAACCCCCACACCCAUCAACAACACACACACCAACACACCCCCCCCCAAAAGGGAGAGAG